GCGAGCGGAAGCGGCCGAGACCGGGCUGGGUGAGCAGGCGUUGGGACGGUUGAGCGGUGAGUCGGACCCCGGGGACGCAGCUCAGAAUCCCCAACCCCACCCCACCGCACCCCACGAACGUGGCUGUCGUCGGAGCCGGGCGAGCGUCGGGGGCUCCGGAGCAGCCGUUGCUGCUGUCGCCGCCGCGGACGCCCGCCGCUGUCGCCGAGCCCGAGGAGGAGGGAGGGACGCGGCCCGGGGAGAGGCCUGCAGGCCUAGCGCGGCCCGCGGAGCCCGACGCGUGGCUGUCCGCCCGUGAGUAAAAGAAAAAAAAAGAAAGAAAGAAAGAAAACCAGCGCUUCCCCCCACCCGUUAAGAUGGAGGAGAUCUCGUUGGCCAACUUGGAUACUAACAAGCUGGAGGCCAUCGCCCAGGAGAUCUAUGUAGACCUGAUAGAGGAUUCCUGCCUGGGCUUCUGCUUUGAGGUGCACCGGGCGGUCAAGUGUGGCUACUUCUACCUGGAGUUCGCGGACACCGGGAGCGUGAAGGAUUUUGGCAUCCAGCCAGUGGAAGACAAAGGAGCAUGCCGCCUCCCGCUUUGCUCCCUGCCGGGGGAACCUGGGAACGGGCCCCAGACGGAGCUGCAGCGUUCACCUCCAGAAUUCCAGUAGUCACAACCGUGAGAGAGGGCGACAGUGGCCAGGACAAUCAUGUAGACUGGUCCCGUGGCUUGGAGGAGUAAGCUAAGUUGGAGGGGGAGAAAAAAAAAAGAAAAGAAAAAAAAAAAAGCAGAUUAAAGUCCCAGUUACCCCUUAAAGAUCUUAAGCAUUUAAAAAAAGAAAAUCAAAACAAAAAAAUCCCCAAAGAAGAGAGUUUAGGAAUUUGGAUCCAUUUGAAAGGGUACCCAGUGCCAGCUCUGAAAUCCUGAGCGGGACAAUGUCCAGAGGCAUCGUGCUGUAUUUUGAGCUCUAUACAUACACCUGGAUGUACAGGAUCCCUGUACUGCCCUCAGUACACAGGUGAGCAGCUGUGUACCCAGCGUAGAAAAUGCUUCUGUUUGUCAGAUUUUGCAUCUGCUUGAUGUCAAGGGCUUCCUGCAAAGUUUGGAUGCUGGUGAUGGUCAGGCCAUAAUCAGUCAGCUUCGGUGGACUGCUCCUCUGAUUCCUAAACCUCCAGUUGGGCCUCUUUGAUACAAAUGAAAGUCAGGUAUGAACUUGGAUACUAAAACAAUAUUAAUUCCCGUUUGAAUUUGGUAGGAAGCCCUGGACCUUAUCUACAAGAAGUUCAGAAUCGCCUAUUUUCCAAAGGUCCAGCAUUUUCAGUGAUUUCAGCUGAUGUGGGGACAAGGCCUCGCCUUUGGCUCAUCAAAAGCCAUGUCUUUCCAUCCCACUCAGCGGCAAAGGUUUGGCAAAGGACAAGGUGGUUUGCAAACAGUUGAAGAUUGUGUUUUGAUGCUGUGAGGAUGAAGGAGACCUCCGCAACUGCAUCACCAUCUCCACCUGGAAGAUUCGUGUCGUGAAUUAGUGUGGACCUAAGUUUGGUGGGACAGGCUUUUCCUACUUUUGAGUUACUGGUGAUGUAACCAGUCUGUGGGUCUGUCUCCAUCAUUAUGACAGGUCACUGUCCUCCACAGGCACCACUGAACUACAGAAGAGCACGGUGGCCAAGCAGGAGGGAACUUUUUCCAUCUGCCCUCAGUAAUGUGAAUGAGUUCAAUGCUAAGAGCCCUGAAACAGGCCUUGCUUCCCUGGUAUGGUUGUAGAAUCUCCUCUUCCUUAAGUUGGGCAGUCAGAUCCCUGCUAUGGUGAAUUCAGACUGUCGCCACCUUCUCUGCCCUCACAAAUGACAGUACUUCACUGGGUCCACUGGACCUUGUUGGCAGCAGUGGCUAUCUUUGUUGUUGAAAGUUAGGAAAAGACCUCCAAAAUUCCCUGACUUUGGAGGCUGGGAUAGAAGUGGAUGGGAAGUGACUGGCGGAUCGAAACUGUCCUCUGAUUUAGCCCUUCAGUGAGGGUUUUGGAGGGUAGGAGGGUGGGAGUCCUGAGGUGAGCAGAAUAGAACGGUGCUGCUUUAUUUGAAAUGUUUUCUUACCUCAUUCUGUGCCCCAGUAAAGGGUCCAGCCUCAUCUGUCCGGCUUGGCCAUGGUCCUGUCACUGCUCCACUGCCUAUCUGGUGCAGCUCAUAAUUCCAGGUGCUGCUUGCCUGCACUCUAGCUUUUAUCCUGACCAAUUUCAGUUCAUCUUCCAGUGUUCCUGCCUCUGAAGCCUACACAAGUUUCCUUUUUCCUUUUGUUUGCCUUAAUUUUUUUUUGGUUUAUUGUUGUUCUCUUAAGUUUUUAAGUUUUUAUGUUGUUGGUUUUGUUUUACCUGUUUUUAUGGAAGACUCAGAGGAGAAUCUUCUCAUGGCUCCCUCUGGAUUGGGAUGGGAAAAUAACAAUUUCUUUUGUGUGUGUUUACAAGGCAGUGUCAUGCCUAAACAUUUCUCUUUUAUAGGACUGCCUUGCUAGUAUAUCCCCCUGCUUUGUCAUGAGAUCUUUUUUCCCAUUGCUACUUGGAUAUCGCCUCUUAGGACUUACAGCAGAACCAUGAAUGCUGGUAUACACAAGGAUGGAGUUAGUUCUGCUCCACUUUCCUAACCCUAUUGUGUACGUAUCUCCCUUUUCCCAGGUUCUGUUUGAACUGUAUGGACUAAUUUGGGUUACUGUACUCAAGAGUUAAGGAAACUAUAGUGCUUGGGCCUUGAGACUAUCCAUUGCCUUCUCAGAGUUUUCCAGCUCAGGGUUGGGGCCUAGUUACAGUUUGAUGGAUCCUCAGUCCAAGAAUUUUGAGAACUUGGAAAACAAUGAACCCUUGGCCAGGAACUAAAAAUACUUUUAAAAGAUAGCUUGCUCCAUGAGUUCUUUCAGCAUCCUCAGUAAAUUCAAGAAAAAGCAGUCUUAAGGCUCCUGUCUAUUAAAGUACUUGGAAACACGAUGACAGGAGAAUGGCCAUGGCCCGCUCACUCUUGCCUUCAGAUAGGAAGCUCAAAUGUGACUUGAAUAUUUCCUUUCUUGUCUGUUCUGGAUAGAACAUAAGAAGUGGGUGGUAGUGUGGGGUAAUGGUUUGCUAUUAUGACUUCGCUUUUUUGUUUUUGUUUUUCCUGUCUCCAUCAUUUCCAUUAGGGCCAUAGCUCCCCACCCUGUGUAGAUAGAAGGUGGGCUCAGUUCAGCUAUUAUUGCCCUGGGGAACAACUACUUUUUGGGGAGCUAAUGUUCUCCACCAUAUAGUUGACAGUGGUUAGGAACUCUCCCUUCCCUGCUUUUCCUGUAACAGCAGAAUCCUAUCCUUCCUCUUCGAUUAAUUGUAUUGACCACUCUGUAAUCCUACUAUGUAUCUGAGUGUGUGUGUAUGGGGGAAAGGGGUUCUUUAACAUUUCUGUGGUUUGUGGUUUUUUCUUCCGUAAAUUAGUUCCCACCACCGCAUGCCCAGGGGCCACUGCCUGGCAUUAUCGCAUGCUGGGAUCAUUGGGGGAGGGUAGUGUGAAAUUUACCACUGUCCUUUGUUUUGGAGAUUCUUAUUUUUUAAUAAGUAAUCCAUCCUAUACAAAUAGCUAAUUAAUGUGUGUUCCCCUGCCCAUAUGGCUGCUGAUGUAAAUAAAUUGCAUUUUCCCAUUGCUAAACAGUAAUAAUAAAAUUUAAAAAAAUAUA